AUGAGCCAGUGCGGUUACCAGUGUAUGCACUUCUCAGACGUUUCACACACACUUAAAGCAACACGUCACUGUCACUAUAGCAACUCUAGCAGAAUUAAAAACCAAAGAUAAUAACCAGAGGAGGAGCUGAUGAUGUUUAAAGGAAGAGCUAUACUUAUAUAUAUACUGAAGAGAAAGACGGACAGAAACGGACAGAAGCAGAAAUGUCUGAUCAGUGUGAUCUGUGUCUGCUGGGACUGAUCAUUCUCUCUUCACUUCUCACAGGCACCAGUGGAGUGGAUGAUGAUCAUGUGUUCAUCAGUUCUGGUGUAGAUGUCCGUCUGUCCUGUAAUAAAACUCUUUCUGACUGCAAAUCAACUACAUGGACCUACAGCAGAUUCAGACAUUCAACAGUUGAACUGAUUAAUUUAGGGAUAAAGAAGAAAGACACAGAGAGAGAUGAGAGACUGAGUCUGGAGUCUGACUGCUCUCUGAACAUCAAGAACGUCACAGAAGAAGAUUAUGGAUCUUACACUUGCCAACAAUGGAUAGUGAAUGGAGUACACCAGAAACAAGGAACUGAUGCACGUGUUUUUCUGCAUGUUCUUCAUGUUUCAGUGUCUCCAUCUUCAUCAUCAUCUUCAUCCUCACAGACUGAGAUCAGUCCAGGCCGCUCUGUGACUCUCUCCUGUCAGUUGUAUUCAUAUACUGGAUACUCCUGUGAUGAUCGGGUUCGUCCUGAUGGAGUUGAGCUGUUGUGGGUGAAUCUGAAGACAGACUCCAGAUAUCAGAUAUCAUCAUCAUCAUCAUCAUCUCCACAUCCCUGUAUCAUCACUCUGACUACAACACUCUUGGAUGAAGAUAACAACAGACAGUGGAGAUGUCAGCUUACUCACAGAAAUCAACUCCAGGCCUCAGUCACAUACACUGUCAAUCUGGCCUGUCCGUCUCUGACUCUGAGCUCGAUCUCUUCUUCAGUCAUAGGGAUUUCUGUCGCUGCAGUCGCUGUUCUCCUUCUUGCUCUUCUCUGGCUGAUCUGCAGAAAAACAGCUGAUAAUAAAAGAGGGACUGGCGACUCUGCGGUCAAAGAUGAGGAUGAACACAAAGGGACGUAUGAGACGAUCAACAUGUCCAUUCCUCCUGCUGCAAGAGCCGAUGAGCAGACAGAUGAUGUCACUUAUUCUGAGGUCACUUCUUCCAACACAAAGCCAGUAAAAGCUCUCGAUGAUCAUAAUGAUACAGUGACUUACGCUGCCAUCAGAGGAAGAGAAGAUAAACCGCAGGAUCAACUUUACGCCACUGUGAACAAGAACAAGUAAAUGCAUUUACGCCCAUGGGCUGCUGGACUGAGAACGAGGUGUGUGUUCAGGCGUGUUGCUAUUUUGAGGAAAAUGAAAUAGACUGAGCCGUUGACCAACAAAAACCUGUUUAAAGUCAAUGGUGCAGUAUUU